AUGCCUCAGGCCGGUUCGACCCAUCAGCCAGACCAUCUGUACAAAGGAAGGCGAGCUUCACUACCCCUCAACAUCGUAGUCAUAGGAUGCGGUCUGGGAGGUCUCGCUGCUGCAUAUUGCCUCGCACAAGCAGGUCACAACAUCACCAUCCUCGAAGCAGCGUCAGCUAUCGGCGAGGUAGGGGCUGGAGUCCAAGCCAGUCCCAACGUCUCGCGUCUCUUGAUACGUUGGGGUCUUGGCCCACGUCUUCAGGAACUUGGCGUUAAAAUCCAGGCUUUGAGCCUUAAACGAUGGGAGAACGACGAGGUCAUAGGGUGGACGCCGUUUGGGGAUUUGAUUGAUAAGGAAUACGGCUUCCCUUUCUACCUCUUACAUCGAGCUGACUUCCACCGUAUGCUCCACGAGACCGCUGAGCCAUACUGUAACAUCCGUAUCAAUAGUCGUGUUGUAUCCGUGGACCCAUCGAAACCUAGUGUGACUCUUGCAUCUGGAGAGGUCGUAUAUGCUGACCUACUCAUUGGCGCCGACGGAGUCAAAAGUGUUACUCGGGAAUAUGUCGUCGGCGGGCCAGAUAAACCCAGGGCUACUGGAGACGCUGCUUACAGAGCUCUCAUCCCUGCUGAGAAACUCCUACAGGACGAUGAGCUGAGACCAUUGAUGGAGAAAAUGGAAUCGAAUAUAUGGAUGGGCCCCGGGGGACACAUAGUCGGCUAUACUAUUAGUGCCAAGAAAGAAUUUAACCUCGUCAUGAUGCACCCUGAUGAUACUGAAGGGGGCAUAGAAUCAUGGACUGCUGAAGGCAAUUUGGACAAAAUGAGGGAGACCUACAAGGGAUGGAGUACUACUAUUCAAAAGCUUCUAGCACUUGUUCCGUCAACGCUCAAUUGGAGGUUGAUGGACCGAGAUCCGUUGCCUUCGUGGAUUCACAAGGAUGGCAAGUUGGCCUUGUUGGGCGACUCAUGCCACCCAAUGCUGCCGUACCGCGCACAAGGGUCAGCCAUGGCGAUUGAAGAUGCUGCCGUCCUAGGCAACCUAUUCUCGCACUGCUCGGAUCGUUCGCAGAUUGCGCCGCUACUCUACGCAUACCAGUCUAUCCGGUAUGACCGUGCCACUGCGACACAGAAGUCUUCGAGUCUCAACCGGUUCAUCUUCCACAAACCCGAUGGACCAGAGCAAGAGGCGCGUGAUCGCGAGAUGCGCGCAGCCAAGGAGGACGCUGUGCGCGUUGCACGUGGCGAGAAGAGCAUGUAUACAUUGACGGGCAAUUCGAAUCAGUGGGCUGAUAAGACGAAGAGCGCGAUUCAAUUUGGAUACGAUGCGGAUGAGGAGGCAGAAAAGUGGUGGCUAGAAAAUGGGAAGAAGCUUAUGACCCUCGCUCCUUCGAUAGAAGUCAAGCCAAGACAAGCGUUUUCUGCAAAUCGCGAUCACUAA